CUUUAGCAAGCCAUUAUGCAAUGGGAGAAGUUAAAGCCUCCAGAGCCAGAUGAUCCUAUGUGUUGCUGUGAGUGUGAUUUCUACCAGUACGGAUGUUGCUGUGACUGUGAAGAUCUGGAUGAAGCCUUUAACAGGUGGCUCAAAGACAAACCACCUACAAGUGGAUGUCAGUUUCCUGUUCUUGGGGCCAUGAUUGAGAACCUAGAGAUCUCCAUGAUCCCGGCCCUGGUGCUGCUACCUCUCCUCCUCCGGGUUGCAGCACUGCACUACCUGCUGGGCAUCAUCAUUCUGACAGCUCUGCCAGGCUUGGUCCUCUGGUACUACUACGCCACGCACCGAAAAAAGAGACGCACCCUCUUCUUCCUCACUCUUGCGCUCUACUCUCUGGCCUAUAUGUAUUACCUCUUCAUCACAGAGAUUUUACCUCUCGGGGACGUCAGCCACCUGCAGGUGUGCACUGUGACCACUGGGAUGAUUCUGACCAUCUGCUUGCUUAUUCACACCAAGAGAGGCCCAGGAUUUGUAACCCCUUCCCUACUUGAAGCACACAGCAGGAGUCAGGAGGCAAACAAAGACUCUACAUACCUUAACGGACCUAUCCAGUCAUCAGCAGCCUCCUCCUCAACAGCGACUGCAGCAGAGUUGCAGACAACAAAAGAGGCCCUGACAGCAAAAUGGAGCCAGUGUCCUGUGUGCAAAAUAAUGCGACCCCCGCGGGCAGGACACUGUCGAACCUGUGGCUCCUGCGUCCAGCGUCUGGAUCACCACUGCGUCUGGAUAAACAGCUGUGUUGGACAGGCGAACCACCGCAGCUUUCUGCUUACCCUCUCUGUGUUCGUGCUGACUUCUCUGUACGGGAUCAGUUUGGUGCUUUGCAGCCUCUGCCCUCGACAGUAUCUGAUGACGGCUCUCCUCUACUGCCCCGGCGUCUACAGUCAGUCCAGCACAGCACUUUGCUUCACCUGUGCUUGGUACAGCAGCAUUGUCACAGGUGGAUUGCUUUACAUCUUAGUGGCACAAGUUCUUAAUAUCAGCUUCAAUGUGACGGAGCGGGAGGCUCAGCUGGCUCUGAGGAACAAAACGGGCCAGAUCCGCCUGUGGGGACUCGUCAUCGACACAGGAGAGUAUUCACGUGGCUUCUAUCAGAACUGGGUUGAGUUCCUCACCAUGACAGAUGCCUCGAUGGCUGGGAAGUGGUACCUGAUUGGAUUUGCCACUAACGCCCAGUGGUUCGUCAGCCGCAGAGCCAGCAUGAAGAUGGGCACGACCAUGUUCACCCCAACUGCCGAUGGGGACCUGGACAUGUCAUACGCCAGUCUCACCUCUGAUGGCACUUGUUGGAGAAUGAACAACCUGGCAAGGAAGACUGACGUGCCUGGGAAGUUCACAUACACCAGUGAGCGCUGGAGGAAUGAGAAUGACAUGCGCGUGGUUGAUGUGAAGUAUGACGAGUACGCUCUGAUUCAAACCAUCAAGACCAAGGGGGGUGAAAUCACCGUUGUCAACAAACUAUAUGGCCGCGGAACGGACCUCAGUGCUGAUCUGCUGGAGAAGUUCAGGCAGUUUUCCUUGGAGGCUGGCAUCCUGCCUGAAAACGUGGCUUUCCUUCCAAAAAAUGCCGAGUGCCCAGCUGCUUAGCUUCCUGCCCCUGGUCAUCACAUGUCAGCGAUGCUGUCUCAACACCUUAACCUUUGUUGUGAAUAUCCUACAUCCAUCACAGUCACUGCCAAGACCUGAGACAAUAUCAUUUUUUUUUCAGUUUAUUUUCUCUGCUCUUUCAAAUGUUGUAAUACCAUAAACAUGAUGUAAAACCUGGUUUCCAUAUACAAUACUUUGCUUUUCUCUACCUGCACCUGAAACUAAGCACCAUCUUUAAAGACCCCCUCCAGACGUGUUUUGUGACAUAUAAAAUGCUCUACUUUGAA